AUGGCGUCCAUCUCUGCAGCAUCAAGCCAAUCCUUAUUGGCCUUGUUCUUCAUCAUCAUCAUGUCAACAAUGGCUUCUUCUUCCGAAGCUGGCAAUAUCGCAACUUACUGGGGCCAAAAUGGGAACGAAGGCACGCUGGCUGAGGCAUGUGAAACUGGAAACUAUGAGUUCAUGAUGAUAGCAUUUCUUCCAACUUAUGGGGGAAACCAAACUCCAGAAAUAAACCUGGCUGGUCAUUGUGUUCCCAGCAACAAUAAUGGAUGUUCUGGUUUGAGUUCUGAUAUCGAAUCAUGCCAAGCCAAAGGCAUAAAGGUAUUGUUGUCUUUAAGAGCAGGACCUGGAAGCGAAGCCAUUAAUGCAACAGAGGUUGCGACUUACCUUUGGAAUAACUUCUUGGGAGGACAGUCUUCGUCUCGCCCACUCGGUCCUGCUGUUCUUGAUGGCAUUGACUUUGACAUUGAAGGAGGAUCAAACCAAUACUGGGGUGAUCUUGCCAGACUACUUAAAAGUUAUAGCAAGGGGGGUAGAAAGGUGUAUAUAGUAGCAGCUCCACAAUGUCCAUUCCCAGAUGCUUGGUUAGGAAAUGCCUUGAGGACAGGUUUAUUUGACAAUGCAUGGAUCCAGUUCUACAAUAACCCUCCAUGCCAAUAUAGUUCAGGAGAUAUAUCUAGUCUUGAAGGUGCAUGGAAGCUGUGGACUUCUAAUGUUCCAGUGAAUAAGGUGUUCCUAGGCCUACCAGCUUCUCCUGAGGCUGCAGGCAGUGGAUUUAUUCCUAUUCUUGAUCUCAUUUCUAAGUUGCUUCCUACCAUUAAGACCUCUCCUAAAUAUGGAGGCGUAAUGUUAUGGUCAAGGUACUAUGAUAUCCAAACCAGAUAUAGCUCCUCCAUUAAAACCCAUGUUUAA